AUGGUAUGGUCUGAUAGACAACUCGAAGCUCUGCUAAGAGCUCUAUGUUUCCAGGCUAGUGAGGGCAACAGAGCUGAUGGCAGGUUCAAGCCACAGGCCUGGUCCUAUGCCCAGAAGAAGGUGCAGGAGUUGUCGUCCAGGCCUAUCACCAUAGAACAAUGCAAAGGCAAAGUCGAUACCUGUAAGAAGGAGUGGCAGAUAUGGGCGCAGCUCCGCCAGCAAUCAGGCUUUAGUGUUGUUGACGGCGUUGUUGUUACAGAUAAGGGGGCGCUCGCGGAGUACUUUGUUGCUCAUCCAAAGGCGGAGAGGUAUAGAGACUUUGCCUUACCGUUCGAGGACCUACACUGGGAGCUCUUCGAGGGCUACUAUGCCACUGGGGAGGCGGCAAGCUCUAUCGACAGGCUCCUUGCCAGCCAGGUUGCCGAUUCUAUAGAGAACAGUGAGCCCCAGUCUUUGUCAACAGAUAUAGACUCUGGCAACAAGUCUCAAGGGCGUAAACGGGCUGCCACAAUAGCGGCGGAGAGGCGAGAGAAGCGUACCAGGAACCUCACGGCAGAGGACCGGAUGGGAAUGAGGCUGGACGAUAUAGCAAGGCAGAUCGGGGAGCUUGCAACUGCUUUAAAGACUCGUGACUAUCAGCAAGAGGCUCUAGAGCGGUUCCAGAUGGAGAACUCAGCGUUGGGCAUCCGCCUGGGGAUGCCUGUACUUGAGAGCUUCAUGGUGGAGCUAAACGCGAAGUUCUGGGUCAAUCUGAAGACGCCGCAGCUGCAGAAAGCGUGGGUAAAGCAGCGUAUCGACGCUCUAUUGAAGGACGAGGCUUAUAGUGAUCUCCGAGAGAGCGUAGAGGCGUUGGACUGGAGUAGCAGCGGCAAGUUGAGUAGAAGGCGCGCUUAG